GGCUCUGGAAAGUAAAAGUUCUGUAAGAGAUUAUGAGUACUGUUUAACUGAUGAUGAAGAGAUUUCAGAAAUGUCAGAGGAACUAUGACGUCUAAUGAAGACCUUAUAGAAGAAAAACAGAGAAGUGUCAAUCUUGAAGAACUGAAAGAUUGGGAACUGAAGAACAUAGUUAAGAUGAGUGGACCUGCUGGGAAGGUAGUGCCAAGUUCAAUGGUUAAUUUGCCACUGAGAUUUGGCCGGAACUUCCUGGAAAGAAGAAAUAUCAAACCUGCAGCCAAUCUGCCCCUCAGACUUGGCCAUUUGAGCAAACUUUUGAAAAAGAAUUCUGGAAAUAAAGAGACAAGCCAUCAGAAUGAGCAGGACCAGUUUUCUUUCUGA